AGUGUCUGAUUUUCUUAGGGGAAGUAUUAGGUAUUGUACAGUGACAGUAUGGAGUUCAUGGGUUUUGAAGAUUCGGUGUUUGCUGAGCCCAGAGACCGGACGAAGCGAUGCGGUCAACUUUACACCGUUAGACAGUGCGAACCGAAGUGGUUUUCUAAAGCUGUGAAUAGUGAAGACAGUGUUGAGAUUAUCACAGCUAUAAAAUUUAGAGGCGAUUUAGCAUACCGACAGCAAGACUUUGAGAAAGCACUUCAAGAAUACAACAGCUGCUUUCUGCUGUUGCCACCUUCUAAUGCUGCUAUGAGGAGGGAUGUGCAGGAAAGCCAGGCACGCUGUUUAGCUCAUCUAGGACGAUAUGAGGAAGCUUUGGAACUUGCUGAAAUUCUGAAAAAAGGUGCAUCCAACACCGAUCACUUGACGUGUGCCCUGAACCUUCAAACAACUAUUUACAACAGAUUAGGAAAUUUGUUACAGUCCAUAUCCACUCUACAGCAACUGGUUUCUUUACAUCCCUUUAAUCCGUGGUUUUGGAAACAGCUGGCAGAACUGUACAUGAGGUUGUUUAUUGCUACCGCUAAUAUAUCAGAGUGCCGCCAUGAUGGAAAUUUAAGUGUAACCAAUACAGUAGUGAAUGAAAACAAGUCUGCCACUGACGAGGAGCAAAUUGGUGAAGAACAACACAGGUUGCACAUCUCUGACCAAGGCGAUCACACGUGUAACUGUGUUGAUCAUACAGUCCAACCAAGACUCAAUAACAGAUCAGAGGAUAUGGACAAACUAUUUUUAUUGAAACACUGUUCAAUAAGGGAAGAGCUACAGAUAUAUUCCUGUGCAUCCUUCAUUAGAGCGAGUCUUCUCCUGCAGCUUAUACAGCCCCAACAGGUAUCAUUUGCUUUGGAAAGUAAUCUGAAAAGCCAAGAAGAGAUAGAAGAAUAUUUAACGCAUUUUGGACUAAAUGAAGAAAACAGAACAUUGAUGAUGGAGGUCAUGGGAGAAGAUUUGUCAUCUGACAGAAUAAGAGAAGAGGGACAGGUUGACACGAAAACUACUUUGGCAUUGACAUCGUUUGUAAUUCCGUCAGAUACAGAAUUUAGAAACAAGUGGUUUAAAAAGAUUAACCCUUUAAUUCAGUUACUUUGAGGAUAAAGACUAUUGAUGACCACUUGGAGAAAACUAUUUUUUAUUAACUUUAUUAAAAUAAAUUAUAUUGUCAUGUGUUUCUACAUGUUAGGAAAAUUAAAACAUUUUAAGGUGCAAAUCAUAAUGAAGCUUUGUAUUGUUUAAAGAGUUCUUAACAUUAUGUAAAUCCCUAUGUAUCAUGCAAUCUAUUUAUACAUUUCAAACAAUACAAUUGCACUUACA